GGUAUAUUGUAGUUCCUUCUCUGUCUCUGCUUACUCUUUCCCGCUUGAUUACCGUUUGCAGGUGGUUUUGGGUUUUGAGAGCAAGAGGAAGGAAUGGCGGCUGUGGAAUCGGUUCAGUGCUUUGGGCGCAAGAAGACCGCUGUUGCAGUGACCUACUGCAAGCGGGGUAGAGGCCUCAUCAAGAUCAAUGGCUGCCCGAUCGAACUUGUUGAGCCGGAGAUUCUCCGUUACAAGGCUUAUGAGCCAAUCCUCCUUUUGGGUCGUCAUCGAUUUUCGGGGGUUGACAUGAGGAUUAGGGUUCGUGGAGGAGGUCAUACUUCACAGAUAUAUGCCAUCCGUCAAAGCAUUGCUAAAGCGCUUGUGGCUUACUAUCAGAAGUAUGUCGAUGAACAAUCGAAGAAAGAGAUCAAGGACAUACUCGUCCGGUACGACAGGACCCUGCUCGUGGCCGAUCCAAGACGCUGCGAGCCUAAAAAGUUUGGUGGACGGGGUGCCCGUGCUCGCUUCCAGAAAUCUUACCGUUGAAAGGAGGAGAAAAAGUUCGAAAUGGAGAGGUGUUUCUCUUUUUCUGUUUUUGUUUUAUGUAUAAUUUUUUAGUUAUAAUUGGAAGAAAGGAUACCAAAGUCGGUUAUUGUUUUCGGGAGAUCUGGACACACCUUAAUAUUUCCUAUGCUGAGUGUGUUGGUUUUUUUGUUAGACAUCUUUACGAUUUUUCCCUGCUGAAUGAUGAAAUUAGGCCCCCGGAUUUAAAUAGUAACUGCAUUUGUUUUCCA